UCUCUUCACAGUUUUAGGUCCUACUACCCUCAUAUCCUUUGAUUUAUUUGAUUUUCUUACUUUACGAUUAGUACUUAAGAUGAGCUUCUGGGAUGACUUUCUUCAGGGAGUUGAGCAGGGUGCAGGUUUUGUGAUCAACAAUGCCGGCAAUAUCCUCGAUACUGUGGGGGCCUUCCUGCCUUUCCUGUUGGAGGAAAACCAAUCGCCGGAUAUCAUCGAAGACCAGAACGCUCUUCUAACAGCAGUACGGGGUCUAAGGGGAGCGAAUAAGAAAAUGGAGGUUAAAGCAGACGAGCUUGAGAAACAUCUGGAUCCUCGCCCGUCAGGAUGGACACAAGAUGGCCCCUUUGAUCUGGACGGUAUAUGGCCGCAGCCGAGUUUGAACGACAGUGGAAUCAUAUCUCCAGAUAUUGCUGGUGAUAUUAAUAAAUAUAUCUGCACACUUGACCUUCCGACCGUCAUAGGUGGUGCUGAUGUUGGCCAAUCCCUUGGGAAUCAAAUGUUUUCCCCAGCAGAUCUAGGAGAUCUUGACUCGGACCCCAUCAACUAUUCUGACAUCGGAAAAGUUAAGAGUGACGAUUUGAUAAUACAAGGAUAUCAAGUCUAUCUUCCGAUCCCCAUGAAUAGCUCCUCCAACAAUGUGUGGAAUUCAAAAUGUCGACUGUAUGUGCAACAAAGUCCGGACUUUCCAGCACUUUGGGCUGAAAAAAAGAAAAGCCGGGCGCCGAAGGCCGCACGUGAUAUUGAUGACUCCAAGCCAUAUAACACAGCCACGGUGUCUGCAAAAUGGACAGGAAGUACGGAUGAAGUUCAUGAUAUCAUGAAGCAGGCAAUCAACACAGUGCAGGAAACUGGGGCUGAUAAAAUCACGCUGAUCAAACCCAGUACCGAAACAGGCAACAUAUUUACAUACAACUUUCGCACCGAUGUGACGGUUGGACCAGCAGCAGUUAAGAGAGCAUUUGCGAAUGCCAUUCAUGAAAGCAUACCUAAGACUGGAGAUAUACCUCAGAUGCCAAGAGUGACACUUGAUCAUAGUGCAACAAUAGUGCCGCCUCAGCAAUCAAGCACCGGACGGUAAUGCCUUCAUUCAUUUCUAAGUCCUGAUAUGGGUUUUUGCCCUUUCGAAUUUAGGUUUUUCCCAUGUUACAAUGCGAAUGCAGGGACUAUUCUUUUGUAUUUAGAAAAUUGAGAUCGGUUAAUACAAUGCACGUGUCUUAUUGUCCGAAUAGUGUUUAAAACUUAGGGCUAAGGAUAUUAAUAGCUUAACUCCGACUUCGCCAACAUUCUAUAGCUAGG